AUGGCCUCCCACCGCAUCGGCGCCCGCGUCGCGGGCCUCUCGCCAGAGCAGCUGUGCGCCAUCAUCGAGGCGCAGGCGGGCGCGAGCGACGCCGCGCUGCGCGUGGCGGAGGAGCACGCCGCACGGCUCGUGGAGCAGCCCGAGUGGAUCCUCUCCGAGGUCCUCCUCUCGCCGGACCUCGCCCCGCACAUCCUCGCCCACCUGCCGACCAAGGAGCACGCCGCCAAGGCGUCGAAAAUGUCCGAAAAAGCGUGUCUCGAGUUUGUUGCAGCUCCGCAGCCUGCGCGCGCUGCCGGGACGCACCGCUCGCGCGUUCGGCACACUCGAAAGUACGCCGCCGAGCGUGCCACCGACGGCGUCCCGGCGGCGGUGAUGGAGUGUGAGACCUGA